GGUGCUGAUGGUAGUGAUGAAGGCCAGACAGCGCAUGGCAUGGAUGUCGCCGUUCCUGACAGAGAUGAGUCAUCUCAUAAAAAUGAAGACGCGUCUGAUCACGAACUGGAUGAAUAUGAUUUGGAAAAUUACGAUGAAGAGGAAUGCACAGGUGAUCUAAAACUUGGAGACUCUUUGGCUACUCUGGCAGUAUAUGGGAGUAAUGAUAAUGAUCCUUACAUCACUCUAAAAACCACUGAUCAAUAUGAACAGGAGGACUUUUUGAUUAAGCCCAGUGACAAUCUUGUCCUUUGUGGCAGGGCUGAUAAAGACUACUGCAGUUUGGAGGUCCAUGUUUAUAAUCAUGAAGAGGACUCAUUUUAUGUACAUCAUGAUAUUAUCUUGCCUGCUUACCCUCUAAGUCUGGAGUGGUUGAAUUUUGAUCCUAGUCCCAAUGAAUCACAAGGAAAUUAUGUUGCAGUGGGUAACAUGACCCCAGUUAUUGACAUCUGGGACCUUGAUAUAGUGGAAUCCUUAGAACCAGUCUUUUCUCUCGGAGGCAAGAAAGAGAAAAAGAAGAAAAAGAAAGGAAAGAAAAGUUUAUCUUCAGAAGGGACAGCGAACGGACAUACUGAUGCCGUGCUUGAUCUUUCAUGGAACAAACAAAGCAGGAAUGUUUUAGCAAGUGCGUCUGCUGACAAUACUGUGAUUCUAUGGGAUAUGUCUGUGGGUAAGCCAGCAGCCAGCUUGACGCUACAUACAGACAAGGUCCAGACAUUGCAAUUUCAUCCCUUUGAAACUCAGACCCUUAUUUCAGGAUCUUACGAUAAAUCAGCUGUGCUGUAUGAUUGCAGAAACCCACAGGAUAACCAUCGGAUAUGGCGGUUUAGUGGUCAGGUUGAAAGAGUAACUUGGAAUCAUUUUUCACCUUGUAAUUUCUUGGCAAGCACAGAGGAUGGCUUUGUGUACUGUCUGGAUGCUCGUUCUGAUAAGCCACUCUUCACUCUGAAAGCUCACGAUGAAGAGGUGUCAGGGCUACAACUAAGCAGUCAGAUCAAAGGGUGCCUUGUGACAUCAUCUGCUGACAAAUUCGUGAAAAUCUGGGAUAUCUUGGGAGACAGACCAAGUUUAAUCCAUUCCAGGGAUAUGAAAAUGGGUGUUCUCUUCUGUGCAGCGUGCUGCCCCGACUUCCCGUUUGUGUUUGCCUUUGGAGGAGAGCGGGAAGGGCUGCGUGUCUGGGACAUAAGCAAGAUUUCUGCAGUGAGUGAAGUUUUUGGCAACAGAGAGAGACUUGUUCUGGCGAGUGCCAGCUCUGUGGCUCGCAACUCCGUGGCCGGCAGCAGCAGCAGCAGCAGCAAUGAUUCGGAGACAGCAAUGGAGUCGUGA